CGCCGGGGGCGGGGCCGGGCGCGGGGCCGCUCAGGCGCUGCUUCAGACACCUCUACUGGGGUCCUAGCAGCGGCGACGGCUUGGGGAAGAUGGUGGCGCCCUUUUGGCGGGCUGUGCUCUACGAAAGUCUGGGAUGGCGGGGCUUCGGCACCUCGGCUGUCCUGGGCCGCCGGACCCCCCCUCUGGGGCCGAUGCCCAACCAAGACAUCGAUGUGAGCAACCUGGAUCGGCUGGAGAAGUACAGGAGCUUCGACCGCUACCGGCGCCGGGCGGAGCAGGAGGCGCAGGCCCCGCACUGGUGGAGGACCUACCGGGAACAUUUUGGGGAGAAGACAGAUCCUAAAUACAAGAUUGACAUUGGGCUUCCUCCACCCAAGAUCUGCCAGUCGCAAAGGCUACAGGAGCGGAAACGGAUCCUCCAGGAGCUUCGAGCCAGUGUGGAAGAGGAGCGGGCUGCCCGUCUCCGCACAGCCAGCAUUCCCCUCGAGGCCGUGCGUGCAGAGUGGGAAAGGACCUGUGGCCCCUACCACAAGCAACGGCUGGCGGAGUAUUACGGCCUCUACCGAGACCUGUUUGAUGGUGCCACUUUCGUGCCCUGGGUCCCCCUGCACGUGGCCUAUGCUGUGGGUGAGGAGGACCUGAUGCCUGUGUACUAUGGCAACGAAGUUACUCCAACUGAGGCUGCCCAGGCCCCAGAGGUGACCUAUGAGGCAGACGAGGGCUCCAGGUGGACAUUGCUGCUCACCAACCUGGAUGGACACCUGCUGGAGCCAGAUGCCGAGUACGUCCACUGGCUGCUAACCAACAUCCCAGGCAACCUGGUGGCUGAAGGACAGGAGACGUGUCCCUACCUGCCCCCCUUCCCCGCCAAAGGCUCCGGCUUCCACCGCUUCGCCUUCCUGCUCUUUAAGCAGGACAAGCCCAUCGACUUCUCCGAGGAUUCACGGCCCUCACCCUGCUACCAGCUGGCCCAGAGGACCUUCCGCACUUUUGAUUUCUACAAGAAACACCAGGAAGCCAUGACUCCUGCUGGCCUGGCCUUCUUUCAGUGCCGCUGGGAUGACUCUGUCACCCAUACCUUCCACCAGCUUCUGGACAUGCCGGAGCCCGUGUUUGAGUUUGUGCGGCCACCUCCUUACCACCCGAAGCAGAAGCGUUUCCCCCAUCGGCAGCCCCUGCGCUACCUGGACCGGUACAGGGACAGUCAUGAGCCGACCUAUGGCAUCUACUGAGGGACCACAGUGUACCCAACCUGGACGCUGGGCUGGGCUGGCAGGAACAGGAGAGGUGCAGCUCCAGAGGGUCGAGCUGUGGGGUCUGUGGCCUGCCUGAGGCAGCCCCUCUGAGCUCCUCCUAUCAGGCUCAAGGCUUGCAGUGAAGAACACUGGUCGGGUGGUGGGAGAGAGGGGUGUGAAUAAAGAGGUUGUCUGCCA